UUACUCCACGAUAGAAAUUGCUUUAGUUUUAAUAAUUGUGGAAUUAAUUAAUAGUAACCAUAUAUUUGAGCCUUAAAAAUUUAAAUAGGAUUGGGGCGGUGAAAGCAUAAAAGAGAAGCACCGGAGCGCCGUCGCUGACCAUUCAAAAUACUCUUCCUCUCCCGCCCCAACUAUGUUUUGAAGGUGAACCCCUAGCUCGUUUCCUCAAAUCGGUGCAGAGGGAGAUCGAAUCGUAGACGAAACUCUGCCUCUUAAGAUUUGGAUUAAGCAACAAUUUGCCGUGGGGGUGAAUGAAGUCACGCGAGGACUUGAGCGAAUGCCUCCUAAUCGUGGAGAUGAAAAGUCUCUGGUUGGGAAGAAUGUGGAUGAUGGUGGUGAAAGCCAGGUGUGGCUACUUUCAGGUGAUAUUGGUAGCAUCAGACUGCAAUCCUCGAACCUUGAUAAAGUAUCUACCAGCAUUGGCCGCUUCAAGAAAUGUUCCACUUAUCUCUGUAAGAGAUAGAAAAGAAGGUUCUUUAAGAUUAGGCGAGCUGAUAAAGGUGAAAACAGCAAUCGCCAUUGGAGUAAAGGCUAAAGGAAAUUAUAUCAAUCAACUAAUAGAAGACGCCCUAACUAACAACAAGAUCAAUAGGACUGAAGAGGGUUAGUUAGUUAGUUAGUUAGUUAGUUAGUUAGUUAGGAGUGCCUUCCCUCAUCAGCUGAUGUUCUUCUCUAGCAUCUUAUGGCAGAGAGAUAGAGAAGGACGUGAUCAAAUUAAGAUAGAGAAAGACUACUAUUCUUGAUUGCGUUUGAAUUCCUCGACAGGGAAUCCUAGUAAUGGUAUUCAGUAUAUGUAACUAAUUAAAGCCAGUAGCAUGAUCUAUUUGAAUGUAAAGAUAGUUUACGCUAAGAAAUUAGCUUUCCCAA